AUGCGCAUAGCGUGUCUUCAGUUUGCGCCGCAGGUCGGCGACACAGACAAUAAUCUGAACCGCGCGGAUGCGGUGCUGGCCAAGGCAAGCCAGGACGACCUUGACAGCUUGGAUCUGAUGGUGCUUCCCGAGCUUGCAUUUUCAGGAUGGAAUUUCCAGUCCCCAGAGGACAUCGCACCAUAUCUGGAGCCAUCUGGGUCCGGCAUCAGCUCGCUCUGGGCUCGCACAGUGGCCCUCAAGCACAACACCAGCGUCCUCGUCGGCUACCCUGAGAAGGUGGAUGUGUCAGGACAUCACCAAGCCCACCCGGAAUUCUACAACUCGGCUAUCCUCGUGAACGGUGACGGCGAGACGGUGGCAAACUACCGCAAGACGUUUCUAUAUCGCCUGGACGAAGCGUGGGCUGAUGAAGGCCAAGGGUUUUUUGGUGGUCAAAUCUCGGGGCUGGGGAAUACGGCCAUUGGUAUUUGUACCGACAUCAACCCAUACAGGCUCGAGGCACCCUGGCACGCCUUCGAAUUCGCCUUCCACAUCCUCGAGGUGCGCGCAAGCCUCGUGAUUGUCACCAUGGCCUGGAUCACGGGUGACGACUGCGAACACUUCACCCAGUUUCCCGGCGAGCCCGACAUGGAGGCUCUCGCCUACUGGGCCCAACGCCUGGAGCCUGUUAUCAGGGACGAGUCCCGCGACGAGAUCGUUAUCGUUUUCUGCAACAGGACCGGGAUCGAGGGUGACGCCGUGUACUCUGGAACCAGUGCUGUCAUCGGCAUCCACCAGGGGGAAGUCAACGUGUACGGCCUGCUUGGCCGGGGCGUCAAGGAUCUCCUGGUUGUAGAUACCGACGACCCUCCUCUGGCGAAACUGAUCCUGCGCAAGGAGAACUGUCACUUGAAUGUGCCAGAGCACGAGACCAACAAGCAUGGGGGGCAGUCCAGUGCUGUCGAUAGCGUGCUGCUGACACCCUUCCCGAUAGACCCCGACGACAGGACACCGAUAAAUGCACCUGUCGCUGAGAGUCUUGAGGAUAAGCAGUCAGAAUACCACCAGACCUCAAGAGCUGGAGAAUCGGUCACGAAUACCCACACCAUACUCGCCAGACCAUCCUCUCCCAAGUCGCGCAACGUCAGCAGGGUCGGGCGGCCCAGACGGCGUCUGUCUAGCGCGGACCUCGCUGCUACUGCGCUGGACUGGCGCGACGCGGCUCAACAGCAGGAACACAGGAGACUGUCGGUGUCUCCGAGGCCAGAAUUCCCCAAGCCACGCAGUGCAAGUCUCUCUAGCCGAUACCCUGGCAUGGAUGAUGAGCUGCUUGAGCGAGCACUCGACUUCUACCUCCAAUCCAUCGCUCUCGACGCGAGGGAUGAGCUUGUCGCCUCUAGUGAGAACGAAUCUUUGUCAAAAAGCACGAGGAAUACCAGCCAAGGUUCAAUGCGCGAGGACGCGGUCAGACCAACAUCACAUCAGCGUUGCUUGUCUUCAGGCCCAGCAGGCAGGUCGGCCUCCGUUGAUGGGACGAUGCGUAAUCCUGUCGAGGAUGUCGUUGUACGGCUCGACCAUCAAAAGGCCCAUGCAAAGCUCUGGGAGGAGAUAUCGAGACUCGUGGAGGAGCACGUGGGACCAGGCGAGUCCAGCGAGGACCUCCGAGGACGACGUCGUAGCCGCGGUGCCGAUAUGGCUAGAGUUUCUUCACGGACUAAGGAUGGAUCUUCGCCUACCUUGUCGUCGCCAGCACGAUCACGAUACGGACAAGUCCACAGUCGCAGUGACGUCUCCCGCCAAGCCCGUCCAGAAAGCCCAAGUAUGUCGACCUCGAGACGGACAUCGCCGACGCAGACGACACCAAGAGUCAAUGUACCGAUUCGUUCGGUCAAAGACCCAUCCCUGGGUCCUCCAGCAGACCCCGAUGAUGAGAUCGUCGCCGAGAUCAUCUUCCGCCGACCCAACUGUGCUACUGGUGAUAACAGAAGCGCCCCAAGUCGGGAGUCCAGUGCGCGGGUACAUGACCAUGGCAGCACGAGCCCAGGAAAACAUAGCCAACAGUGUCUAGCAUCUGACGACGAGAGCGAGAAGACACCGACCAUCGCUCGACCUGUGACAGCAAGGCAACAAGACCUGACUUCCUUGGCCCUGCAGACGUCAGUCCAUGACCUGGACGAUGAGCUGCAGGCUCCACAUUUGUCAACGGCUUCCCUUGAUACUCUGAGCUCCUACGAGGCAUCGCCGGUGACGCCACCUCCCCCUGGCUCAUUCGAGCCGAGGACGCCAAAAGCCAUGAUUCUUGGCCUGGACUGCCCGGCUGCCGUUCAUCCGCCGACCAUCAAUCAUGUUGCGAUGGCUUGGGCUGGAUACCCGGGGCCGUCUCUGAGCGAGAGGAUAGCAGAUCAUUCUGAUGAGAGGCCUCGAAGCGCUCUGCUCUGACGGAGCUCGUUUCAAUGAAGACUGUGUUGAUGUCCUUUGUGUGUGUGAGGAGCAGGAAAGCAAAUGCAACUCAGCCCUGCUGCGCGGCGCGUGCAUGUCGAGUGUGAUAGCGUUUAAGUCGUGUAUAGUAAGGUGCAAGGUAAUUGAAUAUCCAGCUGUGUUCAACGU